CUCACACCACCGGGGCUGUGGGUUUGAUUCCCGUGGCCCUGUGUGUGCGGAGUUUGCAUGUUCUCCCCGUGCUGCGGGGGUUUCCUCCGGGUACUCCGGUUUCCUCCCCCAGUCCAAACACAUGCAUGGUAGGCUGAUUGGCGUGUCCAAAGUGUCCGUAGUGUAUGAAUGGGUGUGUGAGUGUGUAUGUGAUUGUGCCCUGCGAUGGAUUGGCACCCUGUCCAGGGUGUACCCCGCCUUGUGCCCCAUGCUCCCUGGGAUAGGCUCCAGGUUCCCCGUGACCCUGAAAAGGAGUAAGCGGUAGAAGAUGGAUCGAUGGAUGGAUGGUUUGUCAGCCGUGUAGUGCUUCGGGUAAAAAUAAAACGUUUCAAAGCUUAGUAGUUUUUUAAAAGAAAACAACAUCUCUAAUCUCAGUCUAUCUUCAUUAGGAAUGACUGUGAUUGUGUGUGCAGACUUUUAAUGUCUAUAGAAGUGCAGCUGUGAGUCAAAUAAAAACAUUAUAAGUGACAUAAAUGACAAAGGUGUAACAUUUAAUACUCGUUAAGUGGUGGAGCACUUGCAAAAGAUUAUGCAGGAAAAUUAUGCAUUUUGUGACACCUAUCUGCAAUAAACAGAGCAAAAUGCUAUUUAUUAAUUUUUCAUUUAAAUCAAUUCUUCUUAUUUAUUUUUUUUUAAUGAAUCUAACCGUUCAAAAAAUGUUAUGCAUAAUUUUACCAGCAGGUGGCGGUGUCGCAAACAGCAGCAGCAGCACGGCGUGCGCGAUGACGCACGCGGCGUGACGUCAUGAUGCCGAGGCGGAGCUCCGCGUUUGAAAGUGGCGGGUGAACUGAAAGCAAACCGCUGUGUAGUGAGAAGAGAAACAAAAUGGCUGCUUGUGUUGUUUAGUAGCUGUGUUUUAUUUGAAGUGACAGCAGCCGAGACGAGUUUUAUUGUUCUGCGUGCAAGUUUUCUUUCAUGCAUUACUGAAGUAAAGACCGUACUGAAGGACGUUUUUUAAGUUUUUUUUUUUCUUCAGCUCCUGGUAAAGCGUCUUCAUUCAUCUCUCAGCAUGACUAAGGAGGAGGACAAAGUGAUCCCGGUCCGUGUGGCUCUCCGCUGCCGCCCUCUGGUUCCCAAAGAGCUGAAUGAAGGAUGCCAGAGCUGUCUAACCUUCGUGCCCGGAGAGCCACAGGUGGUGGUGGGCAACGAUAAAGCGUUCACAUACGACUACGUGUUCGAUCCCACGACAGAGCAGGAGGAAGUGUUCAACGCGGCCGUGUCGCCUUUACUCUCUGGCCUCUUCAAGGGUUAUAAUGCCACGGUGCUCGCGUACGGACAGACCGGCUCAGGAAAGACUUUCUCCAUGGGAGGCACCUACACGUCCGCACAGGAGAACGACCCUACCGUGGGCGUCAUCCCCAGAGUGGUCCAGAAAAUCUUUCAGGAAAAAGACAAGAUGGCUGACUGCGAGUUCCUCCUCUCUGUUUCCUAUCUCGAGAUUUACAACGAAGAGAUUUUGGAUCUUCUAUGUACGUCAAAGGACAAACCGGUGAUUAGCAUCAGAGAAGAUCCGAAGGAAGGCAUCAAAAUUGUAGGUCUGACGGAGAAGGAGGUGUUCACCACUCAGGAGAUGGUGGGCUGUCUGGAGACGGGGAACUCUGCUCGUACCGUGGGCUCCACGGCCAUGAACGCCGCCUCGUCCCGCUCCCACGCCAUCUUCACCGUCAGCCUGGAACAGCGCCGCGGAGGCGACAAAAAUGAUGUCAUGGUCUCCAAACUGCACUUGGUAGACCUCGCUGGAUCCGAGAGGCAGAAGAAAACUAAAGCUGAAGGAGAUCGUCUCAAAGAGGGAAUCAGCAUAAACCGAGGCCUUCUGUCUUUGGGAAACGUGAUCAGCGCGCUUGGAGACGAGAGCAAAAAGGGCACGUUCGUGCCUUACAGAGACUCCAAGUUGACUCGUCUGCUGCAGGACUCUUUGGGAGGGAACAGUCACACCUUAAUGAUCGCGUGCGUCAGUCCGGCCGACUCGAACAUCGAGGAGACCAUCAACACGCUGCGUUAUGCAGACCGCGCACGUAAAAUCAAGAACAAGCCGGUUCUCAACGUGGAUCCUCGAGCCGCUGAGAUGAAACGGCUCAAGCAGCAGGUGCAAGAGCUUCAGGUGAUGUUGUUGCACGCUCGAGGAGGCGUGGCUCCUGUUCUUUCAGGGUCCGAGGAGGCCGAGAACGUGUCGAAGAUUCUGGCGCGUAACCGUAGUCUACAGGAGCAGAACAGCAAGCUGAGUCGAGAGCUGAGCGAGGCCGCAGGACAGACCGCCCUCAUGUGUGAGAGGGUCAUCCUGACGGAGCAAGUCAACGAGAAACUUCAGAGCAAGUUAGAGGAACUGAGGCAGCAUGCUGCUUGUAAAGUGGACCUUCAGAAGAUGGUGGAGACCCUGGAGGAUCAGGAGCUGAAGGAGAACGUGGAGGUCGUCCGAAGCCUUCAGCAUCUCAUCCUGGAGCUACAACACGAGAGUGUAGGGAUCGCGGCCACCAUCGACGCCAUGACCUCGGGCAACUCCACGUCUCUGGAGGUCGACGCGGACAGCAGCGCUGCAGACACCAGCCGCAGUCCUGCUACCGGCUCGCCUGAGGCAAGCAAUGCUGAAGCUCAGGCCAAGGACUCCCCAGAGAUGUUCACUACCCAGCAUGCUCUGAGGCAGGCUCAGAUGUCCAAGGAGCUCAUUGAGCUCAAUAAAGUCCUCGCACUUAAAGAGGCCUUUGUCAAGAAAAUGUGUCAGAAUGACAGUCACCUGGAGCCGAUACAAACAGAAUAUCAGGAGAGCAUCAAACACCUCCAGGCUGAGGUCGGAUCCCUACAGAAAGAGAAGGAAGAUCUGAUCCUCGCUCUUCACUCUGCUAAGAAAGACACCAAUCAAGCAAAACUGAGUGAGCAGCGCAGGAAGAGGCUACAGGAGUUGGAAGGGCAGAUGACGGAGCUGAAGAAGAAACUGCAGGACCAGUCCAAGCUUCUGAAGCUUAAAGAGUCCUCAGUGCGCAGCGUCACUAAGCUUAAUCAGGAGAUUCAGGCUAUGAAGGCCCAGCGAGUGCAGCUGAUGAGGCAGAUGAAGGAGGACUCUGAGAAAUUCCGUGUAUGGAAGCAGAAGAAAGAUAAAGAAGUUUUGCAGCUGAAAGAAAAGGAUCGUAAACGGCAGUACGAGAUGCUGAAGCUGGAAAGGGAUUUCCAGAAACAGGCGAGCGUUCUGCGGCGCAAAACUGAGGAGGCGGCCGCAGCUAAUAAACGCCUGAAGGACGCUCUUCAGAAAAGGAGUGAAGUGGCCGAGAAACGCAAAGACACGCAGAACCGCGGUAUGGAGGGCAUCGCAGGCAGAGUGAAGGCGUGGCUGCUGAAUGAGGUGGAGGUGCUGGUGAGUACGGAGGAGGCUCGACGCCACCUACAGGACCUGCUUGAGGACAGGAAGAUGUUGGCUGAGGAGAUCGUACAACUCCGCCAGCAGAUGGAGUCUGGAGAGAAACCCGUGGCUAAAAUCCGCCGCCGCACCCUGACCAUCUCCGAGCUGGAGGGGAAAGGAAAGCUGGAGGCUUCCAUCAGUAAACAAGUGGACAGCCUGCAGACUGAGAUGGACCUCAGGAGUGCUCAGAUCGCCGACCUGCAGCAGAAGGUUCUGGACGCUGAUAACGAAGGCCGAAUGAAGCAGCGCUGGGACUCGAUCACCACCAUCGUGGAGGCCAAGAGUGCCUUGAAAAUUCUCAUGUCUGAGAUUGUGGCGUCCAAGACGGCAAACGCGAAGCUGGAGAGCGAGCUGAAGCAGGAGCGGGCGAACCACGUGGACCUGCAGAAGGUGCUGUGUGACGAGAGGAAGCUGAUGUCUGCUAUGGACAUGGAGCACCAGAGCCACCUUGUGGAGCUCGAGCAGAGACACCAGGAAAAGGUUCUUUAUCUCCUCAGUCAGUUACAGAACAAACCGGUGGAGGAGGAAAAGCAGGAGACGUCUAAGAGGGAGAGAGAGCUGCUACAGCGUUUGAAGUUUCAGGAAGAGGAGCUUGAGAAGAUGCAAGAACUCACUGAGCAAAACCAGAAACUCCUGGAAGAACUUGAACAAUACAAACAGAAAUUACUUCUGGCUCAGCUGUCCAGCGCGAAGAAAGCACCUGUGGGAGCGAGCGAAUCACCGGACACGUCAUUUGAAUAUGUUCCUCCUAAGCCUAAAGCCAAAAUGUCCACGGCGAGAGCACCUGUGCAGGAACCCGCCAUCGACCUGGACGAGCUGGUGUCUCCAUCGGAGUCUGAGGAGGAGGACGAGUGGCGUCCGGAGAAGAAGGAGAGAAACAGACGAGGCUCUAAGAAGUCUAAAAUGACUGGGUGUGCGUGUAAGGGCCGGUGCGUCAAUAAACUGUGCCGCUGCCGCAAAGGACGAAUGACGUGCGGCAAGAACUGUCUCUGCGACCACGAGAAGUGUCGCAACAUGGACAACCAUUCCAGCAUGGAUGUUGCUGAGAUAAACAACACGUCCAAAGACUCUGUUUCUAUUCCUGAAGACCCCACAGCUGUAAGCCCUCGAGAUGCCACCUUCUUCAGACCUCCUUGUGUUCCACCAACUAAAAAGGAAAUCGGAGACAUCAGCAACCUGUCGUCAGUUCUGAAGCUGGAGAAGAAGCCCGUCCUCGCUGACCUGGACAGCGACAGUGAGGAAUCCGAGGAGUCCAUCAUGCCCAGCUUUCUGCGCAAGAACAAGAGAGGACUGAACAACUUCAAGAACAGUUUCUUCUCCGGCUGUACUCCUGUACGUGAGGAAUCCUGAAACGCACGCUCCCGCUCGCUCUCCUCUUACCUUCCGUCUGUUUCGUCUUGUACAUGUGACUGUCUGUCUUUUUAACCCGUCUUCUGUCUGUCUGCGUGUUCUUCUUUUAACGUAACACUAUAGUUUUGGUAAUGUGACCUUUUCGAACACAACCUUACUGUAGUAAAAUAAUUGUUAAAUCAAUAAAUGAAUGUGUGUUGACUCGGACCCGAGGGCGUGGAGUUUAUGGAAUCUUUUAGAUCCGUUUCUCACGUGUAAUUUAUCUCAAAUUGUAGAUUUCAAUAAAAUGGUUGAGACGUUUGUGUUCUGAGCGUUUUCUUUACCGUUUGUCGGUUAACAAAAUGACGAGCCGCACGGCCUGAUGUUAAGAUAAAGAUAAACUUCAGCGUCGCUGUAAAUUAUUUCUGGUUGUUUUCUUUCAUGUUCGCUCUUCUGAGCCAACACGCUUUGUUCGGACGCUUGGUUAAGUUUAUCAGGUAAAUAUUUCAGCGACAUCGAUAAUGAACAUAUUUUGGUGAAAAAUGGUCAAAAAACGGAUCUUUGGCUUUCUGGAUGAAAGAGAAAAAGGACAACUUUUUUUUUGUUUGUUUUUUUUAAACUAUAAAUCCUCCAUCCAGCUGAGUUUGCAUGAUUGGCUCCGCCUGGUCAGCAGUUCCCGACCGCACAGCUGGUGAUAUGAUCACUCCUCCCCGCUCUCCGUACGCCUGACACGGGGGAAAUGCUUUUUCAAUUUUUCACAUUUAUUUUUAUAUCAGUCAUUUAUUUCUUUUUAAUGGUGAAAUACAAGCAGGAAAAAAAAUCUAUAUCGUACAAUCACCGCCGUUGUUCUGUCCAAAACCUGCUUAGUUACGUAUCCGUGGCCUUGAGUAACAUUUUUUUUUUUUUUUUACAUUAAAAAUGAUUGUGGAAUCAUCGCAGCUCCCCGUCUGAGUCUAGACUUUGUGCUAGAAAUUAAAACCAAAUCAAGUGAACUCUGCAGUGUUUCUAAAUGCCCGUGGAUUCGGGCCGAGACGUGUCAGGUGACGCCGUCAUAACGCGCGCUCAGCCAAAACUCUUCGAUUCACGUGCAACACUUUAAUGAUUCCAGGAAUGCAUGGUGUGUUGGGAGUUUUGUUUUAUUAACAGCAACAAAGCUGGAAAUUCACCGACUGGCCCAAAUAGAUGCGAGUUCACUCUACGUCUCGUUCUUAAAGGUAAGGUUCGGAUGUAGCCGAGCCCAGAUCUCACAGCUAGGAGAAAUGCUAUCCUGUAGCAGAGUUAUUCUUCCUUAGGAUAAGCACACCGAGCAUGGCCAGGCCUC